CCUUUGCCCCGGCUGCCCUGUGGGCUGGGCCUGGUGUCUGGGGUUGCCAGCAGUCACUGGGACCGAGUCGAAUAGGAGAGAGAACUGAGCUCUCGAGGGCUGAGUCAGGAAACACGUUGGUAAUCAGUACUGGGGGCGGCUGUGCCCAGGGUACUCCUGGCAGGUGACAGGAAGGGACGUGGGUGCGGUGGGACCCAUGCAGGCUGAAAGGCGGGUAAUCUCACUGGGCCAAGGAAGACCAGGAGCUUCCAGAGGGAGCCUGGAGUUGAGGCCUGGGGACUCAGCGGAGUCACUGCGCCGUGUCAACUGGCCGCACCGUGCAGGCGGGCGUGGGGGUCAGCGAGAGCAGAGCGUCCUCCCAGGGGUGUCCCCAGACUGCCCAGAGGGCAGCCGCCUCACAGAUAUCUCCAUUUGCCGGGAGAUGCCCAGCCUGGAGGUGAUCACGCUCAGCGUCAACAGCAUCUCCACCCUGGAGCCUGUGAGCCGGUGCCAGCGCCUGAGCGAGCUGUACCUGCGGAGGAACCGCAUCCCCAGCCUGGCUGAGCUCUUCUACCUGAAGGGGCUGCCGCGUCUGCGGGUGCUGUGGCUGGCCGAGAACCCGUGCUGCGGCACCAGCCCCCACCGCUACCGCAUGACCGUGCUGCGCACCCUGCCGCGCCUACAGAAGCUGGACAACCAGGCUGUGACGGAAGAGGAGCUGUCCCGUGCACUGAGUGAGGGAGAGGAGAUCACCGCCGCCCCGGAGAGAGAGGGCACAGGCCACGAUGGCCCCAAGCCAUGCUUCACACUGAGCUCCCUCAGCUCCGCUGCCGAGACUGGCCGGGACCCGCUGGACAGUGAGGAGGAGGCAACCAGCGCCCAGGGUGAACUUGGCCUGAAGCCCGCUUCCCAGGACCAGUUUCCUUCCUUCUCACCCAGGGAUGCCUCGAGCAGCCACAGGAGCAGGAACGUCCUGACUGCCAUCCUGCUGCUGCUGCGGGAGCUGGACGCAGAGGGGCUGGAGGCCGUGCAGCAGACUGUGGGCAGCCGGCUGCAGGCCCUGCGUGGGGAGGAGGUGCAGGAGCACGCCGAGUGACCGCAGGACCUGAGCGCCGCUCCACCCUCCACGGGGACCCCAGCGUCUUCCCCAGCCCCCGGGAGCUGGAGGGUGGCUGCCACGGCCGCAGCCCCGGACCCACACAAAAGCCUCCCCGGUUUGCCACAUCGGCCGAGGGCAGGAGUGGGUGUUAGGUACUGGCUAACCGGGGUGGUGGAGAUGCCUGUCCACACCAGUCCUGUCCCCAGGACUCCCCUUCUGUGGUCUGGAGGUUCUGGGCUGGCCUGGGCUCCUAAAGGGAGGAUUUUGCAGGCUGUCCUCCCUAAUAAAAGAUUUUCCCAAGGUU